AUGCAUUCCUUGUUGAAUCGUGCCAACGCACUUCUUGCAUUUACCCUUUGGGUGCUUGCCGCUGUUACAGCAGCAUGCUUCUUGUCGGCGGUUUUUGAGGAUUAUACUACGGAUGUUUCAUACGAUGUUAAAAACUUGAAAGUAAGGUCGAUUGUCGACUACGCGAGUGAUGAGCAAGUUGCCGAUGUUGCGACGAUGAAGAUUUCAUUUAAAGCGGAUUUCACAAAGGUCUUCAACUGGAAUGUUAAACAGCUCUUCGUGUUCCUUGUUGCCGAAUAUUCGACGCCGAAGAAUGAGGUCAAUCAAAUAAUUUUAUGGGAUAGAAUUGUGGAACGAAACAACCGAGUGGUGAUGGAUGAGCGAGAAUUGAGAACUAAAUAUUACUGCAUGGAUGACGGAAGACAUCUCCUUGGACACAAUAAUGUUACGCUCAUCCUGCGAUACAAUGUUGUUCCAAAUGCGGGAUACUUACGUCUUUCUCAAGCCAGACAGUCUGUAUCACUUAAACUGCCUACUGAAUAUGCCUCAAAGUAA